CAAUACUUAGCAUUAUAAGAUACUUAAAUCUUAUAAAAUUCUUGUUGUGCCAGGACAGGUUUGUAUUGGGCAGCAAUAUAUAAAUAUUAAAUAUAUUAUUCUUUAGCAACAGCAGGUUUCCCAGACUAAUUAAAUUUCGCCAGUCAUUUGAUGAGUAAAGAAGAGGAAUCCCAUGCCCAUCAGACACUUAUCGGCACGGCAUGUCGGUGAGAGGUUGCAUUGUAUGUUGCAUUUUCGGUCAUUCCACCACGCGAUAACAAUUUAUAUGCAAUUUCAUACUAAAGACACUCGUGAGUGGGCAGCUUUCCGGUCAGGAAGCUGCGAAUAGUACCUGCUACUCGUUUGCCGGCCGGUACUAUUCAACAAACUUAUAGUUAAAUAUGUCGCAAGAUAAUAGUAAUAAUUUUUUUGGUUGUUCGGGUUUGAGUGAAGAAGAUACUACGGUUUUGAAGAGUUUGUUCGAAAAGCACGACACAAAUAAAGAUGGGUUUAUUGGAUUUGAAGAACUCGCUAAGCAACUUCACGAAGACCACGGACGACACGCUUCUUUGACGAUAGCCCAAGACACAAUCGCACAUGUGGAUGAAGAUAACGACGGAAAACUCAAUCCGAGAGAAUUUUUCCAUAUGAUUUAUUUUAAUAGAUGUAGAACUGCUUUUGAAAAAUACGUAAGCAUUUUUGCCUUAAGACCUCGUACGCAAACUAACAGAUAUUCGCUAAAAAUUAUAAAUAGACAGCAAACUGAAACUGGCUUGUAUGAAGACCAAGGCAAGAUGCAAUGGACCACCUUGGGAAUGAUUCUUUUAUCAAUAAUACAAAUAAUAUUUAUACUAUUCGUGCGGUACCUUGCAGAAUCGCUGGUGUAUAUUUACGAUGAAAGAGCGCAAAUUUGGAGGUACUUUUCUUACAUGCUUAUACAUAUUCGCUAUGAGCAUUUAGUGAUAAACUUAGUAGUUCAAAUAGGUGUUGGUUUACCCUUGGAAGUUAUUCACGGUUGGAGAGUGUUGGUUAUUUACGCUGCAGGAGGUUUGGGAGGCUGUCUACUACAGGCUGCAGUUUAUCCUGGCGAAGAUUUGGUUGGUGCCAGUCCUGGAGUUUAUGCUGUUUUGACGGCACAUUUAUCCAAAAUUGUGUUGAAUUAUCGAGAAAUUUGCCAUCCAAUUUGUCAGAUAGUAACUUUCGGAUUAUUCACUCUCCUAAAUACCAUAUACAAUUACUACAUGUACAGAAAUCGUCACGAAAUCAGCUAUAUUUCGCACCUGGGUGGUGCCGCUUGCGGGUUUCUUGUAGGGAUAUUAAUAUUGAAAAAUAUUAGAGUAAAAAAGUUUGAAAUUGUGAUAUGGCGGGUGACUUUGGUUACAUAUUUGGUUUGCAUAGUUGUGCUAGUUGGUUUAGAUAUAAGUGCAUCUUUCUGAGAUGGUAGAAUAUCUCAGGGGGUGAUUGAGCUCCAAAAAUAUUGACUUUAUAAUUAUGUGAAAAUGUAAUAUUAGUUAUCACUUGAGUAUCGCUGCUUUAAAUUAAAGUACUUACUUAAUUAUAGUGCAUUUACAAGAUCUCUUAGCCUUAGAAUCCCAAACGUACUUAUUAUGAUUGAACUUAAGUACUUACCUAUACUUACUUAUUUAUUUCCCAUAUUUUGUACAUAUCUACUUUUUUAUUCAAUUAUGUAAUAAUAUAAACACUUGUCCCAUAAAUUUGCAGUUUUGCUUUUAUAUUUUUUUUGGAAAGAAAAUGGUCAUUUAUGAUAUUUCCUUUCUAGUCCAGGAGAACAGGUUGGACAAAGGAAGAAGGAAUCUGAAACCUGACAAGCCUUUCCAAUGGAUGAGCAGCUUUCUUCAAAGUUUUCCAGUAAGUUUUAAAAAAUAAAUGCGUUAAUGAGUCUCGG